AGAAACUGCAACUGCUUCCUGGGUUCAAAGUUGAAUCUGUAUACACGUGAUGGUUAGAGUUAGCUGCGACUUCUAACUUGUUGUUGCUGUCCAAGUUGAAUGACUAUGCCAUAAAAAGCACUUUUGCAUACGUGUUUACCGUUGCGAGUUGAACAUGUCCGCGAACGCGUUCCAGCACGAGUUGAUCAUGCUCAUUUUUCGGCAUUUGAAAGACAAUGGCUUCCGCUCGGCUGCGGAGGAGCUCCUGAGACACAGCCCACAGGAAUUGGUGGUAGGUCCUGCAUGUAUGUCUUCAUCAUUAGGGGAAAUCUACGAAUUCUGGUUAAAGCACUCAAAGAACAAGUACUCCAAUUCUAAAAAGGGAGGAUCAACCCAAAUCAAAGCUGCCCCCAAGAAGGACAUACCUGCAAAGAAAGUACUAAAACGGAAGUUGGCGACACCAAAAAAGGACGGGAAAGAUGGGAAAUCGUCUGAAACUGUCACACCAGCAAAGAUGUUGAAGAAGGACCAAAAUGCUGUGGCUUCUGGUGCUGGUGAUUCUGACUCCGACAGCAGUUUGGAUGUUGACAAAUGGAAAAAUAUGCUGUUACAAAUGACAGAGCUCGACAAAGCCAAGAUGAAUACCCUCAAUGCUUUGGACUCAACGACACCCAAACCUGUAAAAAGAGCACCCAGACAAACUCGGGCCAAGCCUAAAACUGACCUGCUUUUGAAACAGACAGCAGAAAUAAAGAGUAACAUCUUGGGCAAAGCGGUGGCAGUGGAACACGCCGAGUCAAGUCCCUCUAAAAAGACUUCUUCGGGAACGGAGACUGCAUUGCCUGAUGUAGCCAAGAUGGAUACCCUCAAUGCUUUGGACUCAACGACACCCAAACCUGUAAAAAGAGGAGCCAGACAAACUCGGGCCAAGCCUAAAGCUGACCUGCUUUUGAAACAGACAGCAGAAAUAAAGAGUAACAUCUUGGCGAACGCGGUGGCAGUGGAAAACGCCAAGUCAAGUCCCUCGAAAAAGACUUCUUCGGGAACUGAGACUGCAUUGCCUGAUGUAGCCAAGAUAGAUACCCUCAAUGCUUUGGACUCAACGACACCCAAACCUGUAAAAAGAGCACCCAGACAAACUCGGGCCAAGCCUAAAACUGACCUGCUUUUGAAACAGACAGCAGAAAUAAAGAGUAACAUCUUAGGGAAAGCAGUGACAGUGGAAGACGCCAAGUCAAGUCCCUCGAAAAAGACUUCUUCGGGAACUGAGACUGCAUCGAAGCCACCCUUAGUCACCUUGAAUGGCACACAUCUGCUACCAUCAGAUGAUGGUCGAACGGCAACAUCAUCUUCCAAACGGAGAGAAAAGAAGGAAAAGGCUGAGGCGCCAACGCUCCAACGUAAAAAGGAAAAAAAGCAAAGUUCUGAAAAUGAUGUCGGAGCGAACACAAAAGAAAACGUCAGCGAGGAACAAGAAACUGAUACGGCCGAAUAUGUCGAAAAACCUGUGGAGAAUAUAACAAACUGCAGUACCAAAUCCCAAGAUGAGCGGGCUGCAAUGGACACAAGCGGGAAUGCUGAACAAGUGAAUAAAAAAGAAAAGAAAGCCAAGAAAAUGAAGGAAGCUGCUGACAAUCAAACUAUUUCUGAGACCCAUGGAAAAGACAAAAAAUCCAAGAAGAAAAAGGAAACGAAAGAUUGCGAUCAAGAGAUUCUCUCUGAACCUGUUAAUACUGUUGACAGUGUGAAAGGUGGCGAGGAAAUGUCUCAGCAGGAAAAUGCAGACAAGAUAGACGACAACAAGGAAGCAAGGAGGAUCCCGGAGACUCCGAGUUGCAUGUUCACUCCCAGUACAGAUGUGGGAGGGAAGAAAGCAAAGGACAGAAAGAGAUCUAGUCAUCCUGCAGAGGGAACUCCUCAGCAGGUCAGUAGCGAAACAAAAGGGAAGAGGAAGAAAGACAAAGCUAAUACUAAUGAGGAGCAAAUAGUUGAAGAUAAGAACACCAGCGUUAUUGUCGAAGAGGGAGCCGAGCCAAAUACAGACGUUAAAAAGAAAAGGAAAAUCAAACUUGGCUCAGUUGACACAGUACCUCUAGUCCCUCUGGAGACACCAAGUCCUGCAUCAACAAAAAAGAAAAGGAAAAGCAAAGUGGAAUUGCCAGCAACGCCCACCAGUGCAUGAACACAGUUUUGACUAGCACUAGGGGGCAUCAUAAUGCCAUCAAUGCUCCAUCCAGCCAUCUCGUCUUGAGUCAAGUCAUUGGAUUGGGAAAAUAUUUUAUUGUUUUUCUUUGUACCAUUUUCAGCAAAAGAAAAUUCUUUGCUUCAUUUCUGACAAACUGGAGGAUGAGUUUUUUUAUUAUUGUAAAAAAUAUUCUGGUUUUGUUUUUUAAUAUUAUUUGAGCCAUUUUUAUAAGAUCAUCUAGUGCGUGUGCUAUAGCUCUCAUUUUCUGUGUGUUACAAAUUCCUGAAAGAGAUGUCCUGUUGCUCUUCAAACUCAAAUCAAGGGUCAGAUGCAAGGAUUUUAAGGCAUGGAACAUUCUUAAAAAAGUCAAAACAUGUUUGACCAGCAAUCAUGACGACAGAUGAGAACAUUUUAUUUUUACAUUGUUAAAGUUUAUUUUAAUAAGCAUAUUAACACUGCAUAACCUACUUAGGUGUUGUUUUGUUUCACAACAUGAUAUACAAUGUGCUUUUAUAUCAAAUUAAAUUGCUUUUUAUUA